CAUGGCGAUAGCUUGGGGGCGGCGCCUUGACUACAUCUAAACCCAGCAGCUUUUUUUCCUGCUCUGCCGUUAACACACGCUUGUGUGAGAUCGCUGACAGUUGCGUUACACCGACCAGCCAUCACCCUGACCUUUCUGCCGGGAUUCAUCUCUGGAACGGAUCCAUUUAGGCGGAGAACAGGGGGAAUGAACCGGAGCUCUGCUGUUUGGAUCACUCUGCUGUGAAGCUAAAUUCCUCCACCCACCUUUUCACCAUGUCUCCAGUUUUCUCAUCUCCUAAAUACACAACCGGCUCCACUCUACUCAGCCCUUUUCGCCUAUAUGACCCCUAUGAUCCCUAUGGUCUCUAUAACCAAUAUGAGCACAGUCAGACUUUUAUCUCUCAAGGUCAUCCUCAGCCCUCCAGAUAUUCACCCUCCACAUCACGCUACUUUUUUCCCAGCACAUGCCCAGCCCCAGUAACCCUCUCUCACCCUAAUGAGCGAGGGCGACCUGUGCCCCGGGCUAGCCUUCAUGAAACGUUCCGCAGUGAGAGCUCAGGCCGUUUGCAGGUCAAAGGUCAAAUCCUACAUUCUAAUAGGAUACGACGUCGGUCCCCAUCACAAGGGUGGCCCCGCGCAGUGAACCAGUUGGACCUGGCGCAGGAACUGGCAAUGGUGGAGCUGUGUGGGCACAUUGAAGGUGGGAAAGGACCAUUAAGGGCGGUUUCUUUUGGGGAGAAUUCCAGUCGGGCAUGUGGCAGCUGCUCAGGACCAUUCUACUGGAGUUCAGAGAACUCCAAGAAUGCUCUGGGACUUGUGGGUCUAAGGAAUCUGGGGAACACUUGCUUCAUGAACUCCAUUCUGCAGUGUUUGAGUAACACACACGACCUGCGUGACUACUGUCUGCGCAACACACACCGUACUGACCUCAGCAACAACUGCAGGACCAAGGCGGCUCUAAUGGAGGAGUUUGCCAAGCUCACUCAGACGCUGUGGACAUCAGCAAGCAACGAAGCCAUCAGUCCCUCUGACUUCAAGACUCAGAUUCAGAAGUACGCUCCACGCUUCAUGGGCUACAAUCAGCAGGAUGCUCAGGAGUUUCUGCGCUUCCUCCUGGACGGGCUCCAUAAUGAAGUGAACCGAGGGUCACUGAAACCCCGAGCACCCAUAGAGGACUUCGACCACCUCUCGGAUGAUGAGAAAGCUAAGAGAAUGUGGAACAAGUACCUGGAGAGAGAAGACAGCAAAGUAGUUGAUCUGUUUGUUGGCCAGCUGAAAAGUUCACUGACCUGCAGCGAGUGUGGCUUCUGCUCCACUGUAUUCGAUCCGUUUUGGGAUCUGUCUUUACCUAUUGCCAAGACCUCUGGAGAGGUGAUGCUGAUCGACUGCCUUCGACUUUUCACUAAGGAAGAUGUACUGGAUGGGAAUGAGAAACCUACAUGCCAAAGGUGUAAAGCCAGGCGGAAAUGCACAAAGAAAUUCACUAUUCAGAAAUUCCCCAAAGUUCUGGUGCUUCAUUUAAAGCGAUUCUCUGAAGCUCGCCUGAAAACCGCCAAACUCUCUACUUUCGUCAACUUUCCCAUCAAAGAACUGGACUUGUGCGAGUUCGCUUCCGACAACAGCAUGCAUGCUGUGUAUAACCUGUAUGCAGUGUCAAAUCACACAGGCACCACAUUGGGUGGCCAUUACACAGCUUACUGCCGCAACCCUUCCACAGGAGAGUGGUACUCAUACAACGACUCCAGAGUAAGCCCUAUGUCCUCCAGCCAAGUGCGCAGCAGUGAUGCAUAUGUGCUGUUCUACGAGCUUGCAAACUCCUCGCGCUUGUGAUCCAGUCACAUCUAUAACUUAACGAAGGAUUCUGGAAUCACUAUGGAGCUGGUUAAGAACCAUGGCCUGGACUUGAGAAUAAACCUCAGCAAUGGCUGUGAGCCACAACCUGAGAUUGCUUUUAAGAUUUAUGAACAAAGAAUAGCGCACGAAGUGAACUAUGUUUGAGGCUUGAUGACUUGUUUACAAGCCUGAGACAUUUUCAGACACAGCCCUAAACAAGCUCCCAAUAUAAGGGCUUCAUCAUCCUGUAUUCCGCUGGAUGUAGGCUGCUGCUGCUAAAGGGAUGAGGAUGAAAACACUCCUUGUAGGAAGAAAGAAAGCAACUGGAACACUACCUCUCACAAUGAGCAGGACUUUGUGUUUGUGUGUGUGUGUGUGUGUGUGUGUGUGUGUGUGUGUGUGUAGCGGAUGAGAAAAGAACUAUGCACUGUGUACCUGGAGCUCUUUGUUUCUCUACAGUUAGUUAUUAUGAUCGCAUUGCGAAUUUAAUUUAUUCUGACAUUUUGAUGUUUUUAUUUUUGAGAGUCUGAAUGUGAAUAUAGGUCAUAACAGGAAAAAUAUAAUUUUCCAGUCUGUUCUUUUUUCUUUUUUUUUUUUCUUUUUACCCCAAAUAUAAUUUGCCAAUGUUUGGUACCUUUAUUUUUGCAUUUGAGCUAAUGAAAAUCUCUCACUCAAAAUCUUUCAUAAAUACAUGCCCAUAUGUUGCAAACUACACAGUCAAAAAGCGGUCUUAUGUUUUGUGAGAGUUCUGUGGUGUUUGUAAAAUAUAUUUUUUUUUGUGAGACAUACAUCACAUGUUAGAUGCUUUUGCUUUAAACUCCAGAAGCAUGUAAUAUAAUAAAUUUAGGAUAUACAGAAAGUUUUUAUUAUUAUUAUUAUUAUUAUUAUUAUUUUUAUAUAAUUUUAUAAAACAGAGCAGAUAAGCGCCCCCUGGUGGAGCUCAUCUUUGCAAUGAAGGUUUUGUUUAAUUUUAUGACCACAGAAAUUACUUUCACAUGGAAAACAGCUUUUACAGCACAUGGAGCCACCUGGUGUAUUUGUGCACAUUGUCUGUUUGAGAGCGAGCGUGUGUGUGGUGUGUGUGUGUGUGUGUGUGUGAUACAGUGGUGUGAUGUUUUAUUUAUGAAGUACAUGUUAUGAAUGUAUGUGUAUGUGAGUGAGUCCUAAUCAUAUGACGAACACAGAAGGGGUCCUUCCUGUCAAGUACGUUAUGGCUUUUUAAAAGCCAGAUAGAUGUAAAUAUUAAUAAAUUAAUCAAUAUGACAUAA